AUGUUCGAUCAAGAACAGAAAAUGUUCUUUAAUAACCCUGCGGUGAGAAGCAAGUUACUUAUGUACACUCGAUAUAUUGACGACGUGUUCCUAUUAUGGGGGGGUGACCUAGAAACCUUUGAGGCCUUAAUGUUGGAGAUUAACAAUUCAACAUCUCCGAUUAAGUUCACAUAUUCAUGUGACAACAAUGUAGCUAACUUUUUGUAUGUCAAAGUGAUGUUAGUGGAUGGUGUUUUACAGUCAGAAAUAUACUCUAAACCUACUGAUCGUAACACAUUGUUGAUGGCCUCCAGCCACCACCCUCCCGCAUUGAAGAGGGGUUUACCGACAUCACAGAUGAUGCGAGUUGCCCGCAUUACCAGCGAUCAGACUAAAGUACCUCAACUUUUGGAUGAAAUGAUUUCCAAAUUUGAGCACCGAGUGUAUGAUAGGCAGCUCCUUCAGACACAAAAACAGAAAGUAUUGGGCCAGACGGUGCGCAAGCUUAGUGAAAGGAUGGCAGCCCAUCGGUCAGCCAUCAAGUUGACGCUCAAGGGCAAGACAGUGGACCAACCAGUUGCACGCCACUUUAAACAAGCUGGCCAUAAAUUAAGUGAUCUAAGUUACUUUGGCAUUGACCACGUACCACUCACAUUGCGGGGAGGUAAUAGGGAGUUUAGUUCUCAAACAAUGGGAGGGGCCAUGAUUGAGAGUCUCACUCAAUACGUGUCGUGCAAGAUUUAUGCGCACCUGGAGCAGCCGACCAAGGGCGAAUACAUAUGCACGCGAUGUGAGCAAAUGGUUGCCCUGGAAGCCCAGGAAUUUGUGACUCAAACUGAGAAAUUUUUGGAUGAAUACUUCACUUUCAACACCACUGAAGGAAUGUCUUCAGCUAUAGUAUGGGAAGCGCACAAAGCCUCUAUUCGGGGUCACUUUAUCUCCCUGGCUAAGGCUCAAAAAUUAAAAGACAUACAAGCUAUUACAGAUAUGGAGCGUCAGAUAGAGGCUCUGACGAUUAAACACCAACAGACCCCUAAACGCUCGAUUUACAGAAAACUUUUAGCUUUCAAAGGUCAGCUGUACCAAAUCCUUUCUGCUAAAGCAGCCAAAACCAUGAGAUGGUUACAUUAUAAAUUUUAUGUGAAAGGAGAUAAGGCAGAUUCUCUCUUGGCUGCUCGACUACGUGCUAGUACAUCAUUUGAUAGUGCCACCACCAAAGCGGAGAUAGUUGUUAUCCCCAAACCUGAUCGAGACCCUACUAUGUGUGGUAACUACCGUCCUAUAUCACUUUUAAACUCUGACUUAAAAUUAUUCGCAAAAACUCUAGCUAAUCGUCUUACUGGGAUGAUCUCCCACUUGGUUCAUCCAGAUCAGUGGGACUGUCCGAUUGAUCUCGUUCCAGGGAAGGUUCCACCUCGAGGCCGAACUUAUCCGUUGUCUCUGCCUGAGACGCAUUCUAUGGAGGAAUAUAUUAAAGAGAACCUAGCAAAGGGGUUCAUUCGACCUUCUUCUUCUCCAGCCGGCGCAGGCUUCUUUUUUGUAAAAAAGAAAGAUGGUGGUCUGCGGCCGUGCAUCGACUACAGAGGUUUGAACGACAUUACCAUCAAGAACCGUUAUCCUUUACCCCUGAUUACUGAGCUCUUUGACAGAGUUAGCGGAGCUACCAUCUUUACAAAGCUGGACUUGCGAGGUGCAUACAAUCUCAUCCGGAUCCGUGAGGGUGACGAGUGGAAGACCGCCUUUAACACCCGUGACGGACAUUAUGAGUACCUCGUCAUGCCCUUCGGAUUGAGCAAUGCUCCAGCUGUCUUCCAGCAUUUUGUCAAUGAGAUCUUCAGAGACAUUCUAUACCGUCAUGUCGUGGUCUAUCUAGACGAUAUCCUCAUUUUUGCCAACGAUUUAGAGGAGCAUCGUUUUUGGGUUAAGGAGGUUCUGUCCCGUCUCCGUGUCAAUCAUCUCUAUUGCAAAUUGGAAAAAUGCGUCUUUGAGGUCCAGUCCAUUCCGUUUCUGGGGUACAUUGUGUCCGGUUCCGGACUAGAGAUGGAUCCUGAGAAACUACAAGCAAUCCAAAAUUGGCCGGUACCCUUAACCCUCAAAGGGGUCCAGAGGUUCUUAGGGUUCGCCAACUAUUACCGAAAGUUUAUACGAGACUUUUCCACCAUUGUGGCGCCUAUUACUGCUUUCACUAAGAAGGGUGCUAACCCGUCCAAGUGGUCUGAAGAAGCCGAGUUUAUCUCUAGGUCCUAUUGGUGGCCAACUCUGAAAAAGGACGUCUUGGAGUUUAUUGCAUCUUGCCCAAAGUGUGCCCAACAUAAAGUAUCCCGCCAGUCGCCUGCGGGGCAACUGGUUCCACUAUCCGUUCCCCGUCGACCAUGGACCCACUUGUCGAUGGAUUUCAUUACAGACUUACCCAUGUGCAACAAGUUCAAUACCAUCUGGGUGGUAGUUGACCGGUUCACCAAGAUGGCACACUUCAUUCCUCUCACCGGUCUUCCGUCAGCUUCCAAGUUGGCUCAAGUAUUCAUACAAGAGAUCUUCCGACUCCACGGUCUUCCUGAAGAAAUUAUCUCAGAUCGAGGAGUUCAAUUCACAGCCAAAUUCUGGCGAAGUUUAUGUCAAGUCCUCCAAGUCAAGCUAAAGUUUUCCACGGCUUACCAUCCUCAGACCAAUGGUCAAACCGAGAGGGUGAAUCAGGACUUGGAGGCCUUCCUCCGCAUCUAUGUGUCCUCCUCUCAAGAUGACUGGGUUCAA